AUGCACAUCUAUGCUUCUUCUGGUUUGUGGAAAUCGUCCAAAAGAAGUGGAUGGAGAUUUCUUGUUGAUGAAGUAAAAGGAGGUAGAUUACUUACUUUGGACACAAGCAAAACCUUUGACAACCUAAGAGUUAUGGUUUGUGAAGACUUUGGAAUCGAUGUAAACAUGGUCAAUAUCGAGCUCAGUUACUUACCUUCUGAUUUGGUCAUAGGCAUCGACUCACCACCUGUAUUCAUCACCAAUGAUCGGCAACUCAAAAAUUUUCUCACCUAUGUGAAGAAUAAAGCUUCGACGCGGUUAUGUGUGUGUAUUCGAUCUAAGGCCGAGCCUAGCAAUAUCAAAGUCGAUUUGAAUUUGAAUGAAGAAGCUACUGAGUCGCCUAACAGACAGAAACAGCCUAUGUCGUUUGAAGUUCCAGAAGAAGAUGUUGAGGUGGAUGAAAGUGAUGAUGAUUGCAACCGUGAAAAAGAUAUGAUCAAUGUAAAGACAGUUCGUUUUUCUCUCCUUGAUGUGGUGAAGAAGGGUCAACAUUUUACUUCCAAAAACGCUUUGAAGGCAACAAUGGAAAUAUGUGCAAUGAAACAUAAUUUCGACUACAAGGUUGGCAAAUCGGAUAAAAGAGUUUGGUACAUUCGUUGCGCGGAUGAUGAUUGCGGCUGGCGUGUUCGCGCAGAGGGAUUAACAGGUUCUUCAUAUUUUAUCAUCAAAAAGUAUAUACCUGAUCAUUCAUGUUCUCCAUCAUCAAGGAAUCACUCUGUUCGGACAGUUUCAUCAAAAUCAGUUGGUAGUCUCAUUAUGCAUAAGUACGAAAGUGUCAAAGAAGGGCCGAAACCUAAUGAUAUCAUCCAGUUUAUGCGGGAUGAUCAUGGAGUUGAGAUAUCCUACUCUUUAGCUUGGGAUGCACGUGAGUAUGCAGUAAAUGCUGUGAGAGGAAUUCCAGAGAAGGGUUAUGAAAAAAUUCCCAAAUACUUGCAAAUGAUGAAGGAAGCUAAUCCAGGAACACACACAUUUUAUGAAACUGAUACCGAUGGGAGAUUCAAAUUCCUUUUCAUCUCAUAUGGUCAGUCUAUUCGCGGUUUUUAUGCUGGCAUUCGAAAAGUUAUUGUUGUGGAUGGGACUUUUUUGAAGAGCAAAUACAAAGGAGUGUUACUGGUAGCUACUACUUUAGAUGGUAACUCGAACCUAUAUCCUAUUGCAUUUGGAGUUGUCGACUCAGAGAAUGACCGCUCGUGGGAAUGGUUUAUGAGACAACUUAAGGUUGUCAUUGCUGAUGAUCAGAGUUUAGCUUUUGUGUCUGAUAGGAACGCCUCCAUUGCUAAAGCUCUUGCAAAAGUGUAUCCGCAUUCUCAUCAUGGAAUUUGCAUUCACCACUUGCUGAACAAUGUUGUAACAUAUUUCAAGGGUAAAGGUGUCGCUGGUUUGGUUGCAAAGGCUUCUAAAGCUUAUCGAGUUGCUGACUUUAAGAAGAUUUUCACUGCUAUUUUUGGAAUUAGUCCUGAAAUUGGAAACUAUCUAAUAGAAGCUGAUGUGAGUAAGUGGGCUCGCUGUCAAUUUCCGGGUUACAGGUAUGAUGUUAGGACCACUAACCCUGCUGAAUCGAUAAAUUCUGCUUUGCGUUCGCCAAGAGAGUUUCCAGUUAUACCUUUGUUGGACAGCAUAAGGGAAAUGCUGACUCGUUGGUUUUUCAAGCGUAGAACUUUGAGUUUUAAGCACACGCAGCCACUGACCAUUGCGGUGGAGAAGAAGAUUGACCGAAGGAUUGAGAAGGGUAAGAAGUUUCUGGUUUCUCCAAUUGGCGAUGACAGGUUUUUAGUUCAAGGUGACACUUUUGAAUGUUUGGUUGACUUGGUCAGACGCACAUGUUCAUGUGGGAAAUUCGAUUUGAUGAAAAUCCCAUGUAGGCACGCCAUAAAAGCAGCUUUCAGUGUAGGCAAACAAGCGCACACACUUACUGAUGACAUGUAUACCACUGCUUCAUGGAGAUCGGUGUAUGAGGAAACCAUAAAUCCUAUUACUGUUCCGGAAGAUUCAUGGAUUGUCCCAUCUCACGUUAAGCAAGCAAAAGUGCUUCCUCCAGAGAGUAGAAGAGGUGCAGGUAGGAGAAAGAAACGCAGGUACGAGACAGUUGAAGACAAGAUCCGUUCGUCAAAAAUCACUCAACGCUCUAUCCGUCGCAAAUGCAGUCGAUGUGGUAUUGUUGGUCACAAUAGGUCAACAUGUGAUAGAGCAAUAUAA